AUGACUCAGGAAAACACUGUGGAUACGGAUAAGAAGAUCGCUUUGAGCAGUAAAGAUAGUAGCACAUCCCUUGUCUCUAAAGCUUUCGCUCUUAGGCCGGUUGCUACACAAUAUGCGGAAAUUGCCCUUCUUCGUCAGCACUUGAAAAUUUUACAGCAACAAAGAGACGAGGCUAUUCAAGAGGCCAAUAUACUAAAAGAUGUCCAACGCUCCUACCUGCGGUCUGUUGAAGCAGCGAGAGGGGAAUCCAUCCUAAAAUCUCAAGAAAAUGAACUCUUGAUCGAGAAAUUGCGCAAGAUGACAAGUGCUUUACAGCAAACACACGAAGAACUGGAUGCGCACAUCUCUUACCGGACAUCUGCACAAGAAAUGAUUAAGAACAUUAGUAAAGAUAACGCGAAAUUGAAGCACGAAGUAACCGAUUUGAAAGCUCAACUUCAUGUAUUGUCGACUCAGAAUAGCAAGGGCGACCAGCUGCCUUCAGUCAAGACGGUGCUCCAGGAUACUUCCAAAGCUAUUUUCCGAUUUGAGACUCAAGUUCAGGGUAAUAAUAUUGCACAUAAAACCAAUUUUCCUUUGUUCGGAAAGAGUUCCACCACAUCCUCGUGCAAUGAUACCACCCCGAGUCCUUCUGCGUCCAAUAUAAAAGAAGAACCGGCAUCAGUUUAUUUGCAAUCUCGGCAGGUAGCCAGACUACCAGCCACCCGCCUUGACCGCGUCCGUAAAUUGGUCAACACGGAGACAAGUAAACCAAUUGUCCCGCAGCAGGACGGAGCUGCUUCUCCUCCAGCUCCUGCAGCUGCUGAUGUUACUUCUUCGACCGCAAUUAAUCCUGCUCCCACUUUGUCUCGUGCCCCGAUGAAAAAGAAACCCACUCUCAAAACUGGCAACGAUAUAUUAUGGCGAGGAUACGGGUGUCCAAAGAAUACUCCUGUUCCAGAAUGCACGUCAGCGGAUGGAUAUCAUAUAUUCAAUGGCAAGGGUACUAAUCGGUAUGCGACCAAAUACAACUGCGCGGAAACGUUUCUUGUUCUCUGUUGUCGGAUGGAACGAGAUACUGGGACCACCGUGCCUGCUGUGACGGGGAACGACAUUCCUGACGAAGUAUGGCGAAUCAUUGCGCAGUUGGUGUCCUCCUCCACCAGCUCAAUGACACGAUAUAUGGCUAUAAACCGUACCUUUUUCAACUAUGCACUGAGCCAACGUUACCGUGAAGUACAAUGGGUUGUUUUGGACCAGGCCCUAGUGAAGCAGCUUGACCGUUUGCAGUCUCCGCUCAUCGCACAGCAUGUCCGCACCCUUCACAUCCGUGCUUGGUUCAUUGAAUACCUUCUUCGACGCGCAGUCUUGUACAACCCAUCAUCCUCUUUUCGCAAAGCGAAAACUGCGCUCAAAAAAUUCCUUUUACCCAUUUCUUCCAAGUUCGGUGCUGUACAUUUCCUCCAUAUUCGUCCUUCCAGGCCGCCGUGGAUACUUCAACACGAACAAGAACGAGCUAAAGAUGGCAUGCUUUCCUUUGAAGUAGUAAUUAGGUCAAUGAUUCAGGCCAUCGCGGGGAUGACGAACGUAGUAGAAUUCAACUUCGAGUGGCGGGAUCUUCCUGUCAACAGGGACACGCUGAUGUUUUUGAUAUUGACGAGGACGGCCUUUGAUAGAAGCUUGCGUAAGCUCAACCUGCGCGCGCCGAUAGCGAAAUUCAAGGAGCUUCUGCCUAAUGCUAACUUUGACAACAUUGAGGAUCUCACUCUCCACUUUGACUACAGGACAAGUGAUCAGCCUUCUAAAACGUUGGCAGAUCUCGAUGCGCAACAACUGCUGGACACCGUCGUUCCAUUUAUUGCCCAGCGCCGCUCUUCACUGCAAUCUCUUACCAUCUCUUCCUCAGCUUUAACUGACCUUUCAUCCUUCUUCUCUGCUUUUCCCACUGAUUUUAUCUCUUUGAGGGAGUUCAGCUUUGAUAUUUCAUUCCACAGCGAUUUGCUUUCGGAUUUGAAUGGAAUCAUCAAAUUCCUGGAAUCCUGUCGGUUUUCUCUAAGACAUGUUUCACUGGCGGCUAAUUGGGAGCAUCAACACGUAGGAUUGCUUUCAUAUGCACAGGCUUUUGACGACACGAAUGGAAACCUUGUGGAUAAUGGCAGUCAUAGUGGUGAUGUGGACACUAGGAACCACAACCCAUGGAUCCGGAUGAAUAACCUUCUGCUCGUCCAUUCUACCUGCCUUUCCAAUCUCCACAAUCUCGCAAUCCCCUUCAUAUCCCUCUCCAACACCUUACCUCUUGUCCGCAGGUCGUGUGACACGUUGACACACCUAUGUUUGACCGGGCGGUUUCUCACUCUGGAUGAGGUUGAAGGAGUUGCUGGAUUGUUCAGCCACCGUUCGCUGGAAAUUACACGCCUGCAGAUCAUGGUAGGAUGUUUCGACAGGAGGGUGCUGGCAACGCUGGCGAAGGGCAUGCCAGACUUAGGGGCCCUUGUGAUGGCAUUUGAGAAUAUGGGUGACUUGACUUACGAGACUCGUGAGGCCGCCCUUGAUGAGUGGAGGUUAUCCUUCAUCAAGACGAGUAUACAGCGAGACUAUUAG